AACAAGAGGCCCACUGUGGGUCUCACGCGCCCCUCACGGAGAGAGGAGGGCCCAGAGGAGGGCGCGGCGCUGCAGCCCGGAACCUUUGUGCGAGCAGAGCGCGUUGCUACCCGGAGACUCCUGCGCUACAGCCCGGCCGGCCAGCCAGGCGCCGGAAGUGAGGUGUCGGAGGCGCCACUGGGAGCUGCCACGUCCGAGGCCGGGAGCCACCGCCGCUGCAGCCAUGGUGUCAGUAAUUAACACUGUGGACACCUCCCAUGAGGACAUGAUUCACGAUGCCCAGAUGGACUACUAUGGCACCCGCCUGGCAACCUGCUCAUCAGACAGGUCCGUCAAAAUCUUUGAUGUACGCAACGGAGGGCAGAUCCUCAUCGCAGACCUCAGGGGUCAUGAGGGACCAGUAUGGCAAGUGGCCUGGGCCCACCCCAUGUAUGGCAAUAUCCUGGCAUCCUGCUCCUAUGACCGAAAAGUUAUUAUCUGGAAAGAGGAAAACGGCACCUGGGAGAAGACGCACGAACACACAGGACACGACUCCUCAGUAAAUUCUGUGUGCUGGGCCCCCCAUGACUACGGCCUAAUCCUGGCCUGUGGGAGCUCAGAUGGGGCCAUCUCCCUGCUGACCUACACUGGGGAAGGCCAGUGGGACGUGAAGAAGAUCAACAAUGCUCACACUAUUGGCUGCAAUGCCGUCAGCUGGGCCCCUGCUGUUGUACCUGGAAGCCUCAUAGACCAGCCUUCAGGACAGAAGCCCAACUACAUCAAGAAAUUUGCCUCAGGCGGCUGUGACAACCUCAUCAAGCUGUGGAAGGAGGAAGAGGAUGGCCAGUGGAAGGAGGAACAGAAGCUGGAAGCACACAGUGACUGGGUUCGAGACGUGGCCUGGGCCCCUUCCAUUGGUCUCCCCACCAGCACCAUCGCCAGUUGUUCCCAGGAUGGUCGUGUGUUCGUUUGGACCUGUGACGAUGCCUCAAGCAAUACGUGGUCUCCCAAACUACUGCACAAGUUCAAUGAUGUUGUGUGGCACGUGAGUUGGUCCAUCACAGCCAACAUUCUGGCCGUCUCGGGUGGAGAUAAUAAGGUGACCCUGUGGAAGGAGUCAGUCGACGGGCAGUGGGUGUGCAUCAGUGAUGUCAACAAGGGCCAGGGUUCCGUGUCUGCUUCCGUCACAGAGAGCCAGCAGAACGAGCAGUGACAAGACUGGCGGGCCAGCUCCCCACCUGCCAAUUCCUGGACCAACUGACCAAACAGCGGCAAGGAAGCGCUCCAACAAGAUGACUUUCCCAGGAAUAGUUAAAACUGCAACGAGAUUGAUCAUCUGCCUUAACAUGAUUUGAUAUGGUUUGUAAUUUAAAAAGCACUCAUUAUGAGGGAGAAACUACAAAUGAUCUAUUAUUUAAAAAUAUUUUUUGGCCAUUUUUAUGUACCUUUUGGGUUCAGGCAUUAUUUGGGAGUUUGUGUUUCCAAAGUAAUUAAACAUGAUGUUUAUAA